AUGCCGCUUGUGCAGCGCGCUGUUGCCGCGAUCUGCAUGGAGUUCGGUGUGACGCUGCACAGCGUGUUCGUGGGCCUUGCCGUUGCCGUGUCCAACGGGAGCGACCUGCGCGCACUGAUCAUUGCGCUUGUGUUCCACCAGAUGUUCGAGGGCCUCGCGAUGGGAGCCCGUCUCGCGGAUGCUUCUUUCAAGCUGUCGCUGGAGAUUGUGCUGAUGCUCGUGUUCUCGUUCUCCGCGCCGAUCGGCAUUGCCGCUGGCACCGGCGCCGUGGUUGCGUCGCGCGACGCGUUCUCGGGCCCGUCGUACGCGAUCGUGAGCGCCGUGCUGGACUCGAUCUGCGGCGGCAUCAUGCUGUACAUCGCCUUCAACCUGCUGUUCGUGGACUUCGCGUUCGACAUCCGCACGCACUGCAGCGCUGGCCGCCCUUACGCCAUCAUCAAGCGCAUGGGACUGUACGCGGGUCUGUGGAUUGGCGCCGGCGUGAUGGCUCUGAUCGGUAAGUGGCUGUAG